AUGAACAACGUCAGCCGAUCGGCUAUGGCGUCUCGCACGCCUGAAAUGCUCCGAACUCUUUCCCGAGCCCUUUUCCAAUGCAGAGUAUGCAAGAAAGGAUAUGACCGAGCUGAUCAUCUGAAACGCCAUGUCAGAUCUCGUAUGUGGCUUCGAAAAUCAUUACAUGAUCUUGAACUUCUCCGAAGGCAUACUCAGAGUCAUAGCUCUGAAAUAAAUUGUGACGAAUCUGGCGGUUGUUCAGGGAUUGUUGCGCGUGCGUCGCAAGCAUGCAAGCGAUGCGCGGCGUCUAAGCUCAAAUGUGACGAUGAUAAACCCUGUCGAAGAUGCGUGCGGCGAAAUCAGAUCUGCCAAUGGUCCCCAAGGGAGGACACUCUUGCGACUCAAGAAUUUCAUGUAAACACCACGGAACAUGAGCUACAAUCUGCGAAACAAACUGGGAAAGACCUCUUGGACAGCGCCCAAGCUAGGAUCCCUUCCGAGAAUUCUGAACUGGCAUGCAUUAUUGAAGGUACUGUCCACGCUUAA